AUGAAUGAGGAAAACCAGACAACCGUUGCAGAUUUCCUUCUUUUAGGAUUUAAUGAUCUUUACAGCUUCAGAGACGUUUUAUUCAUUUGCCUCUUUCUUAUUUACUUGGCGACUGUAAGUGGAAAUCUCAUGAUUAUCGUCUUGGUGACCUUCAGUCCAAGACUUGAUUCUCCCAUGUACUUCUUCCUGGGCCAUUUAUCUUGCUGCGAUCUGCUCCUCACCACAGUCAUUGUCCCACUGAUGUUGGACAGUAUAUUGACCGAAGUCACCAUAUCCUUUGUUGGAUGUUUUGCCCAGUUUUAUCUUUUUGGUUCCUUGGCAACCACAGAGUGCUAUAUUCUUUCGGUCAUGUCGUAUGAUAGAUAUUUAGCCAUAUGUGACCCAUUGCAUUAUUCAUCUGCCAUGAACCUCAAGAGAUGCUUCCACCUUGCAUUCUGGUGUUGGGUUCUAGCGUUCCUGCUCAUGCUGCUCACAGCUGUUCAAGUAGGAAGAUUGAAGUUUUGUGGUCCAAAUGUCAUCGACCAUUUCUUUUGUGAUCUGGCGCCUCUUCUUCAACUCUCUUGUUCAGACACAGCUUUUGUUGAAGCUGAGAACCUUGUAGUAGGAGUUCCAUCAACGUUCUUGCCAUUGCUGUACAUCACUAAGACAUACAUGAGCAUAUUCUGCGCCAUCCUCAAAAUACCGUCUGCCAUUGGCAAAAAGAAAGCCUUCUACACCUGCAGUUCCCAUUUGACAGUUGUGUGCAUUUAUUAUGGAACAUUGAUUGUUGCCUAUUUAUUCUUAUCCAAAAGCCACUCAUUGAAUCUCAAUAAGGUUUUGUCUCUGCUCUACACAGUGUUGACGCCGUUGCUGAAUCCGCUUAUCUACAGCUUGAGGAAUAAAGAAAUCAAAAAAGCUCUUAGUAAGUUUUUAAUUGGUUUUAAUUAG